AUGAUAAGCACAACUCUAUCCAGUAUUAUGAAGGACGGUUUCGAUGUGAAGGCACUUAGAGCAUUUCGUGUGCUUCGGCCAUUAAGAUUAGUUUCCGGAGUUCCAAGCUUACAGGUUGUAUUGAAUUCCAUUCUACGAGCUAUGGUACCGUUGCUUCAUAUUGCACUCCUAGUACUUUUCGUGAUUAUCAUUUACGCUAUCGUGGGACUGGAAUUAUUCUCUGGAAAAAUGCAUAAAACAUGCUUUCAUAAUAUAACUGAGGACAUGAUGGAAGAUCCUACUCCUUGCGGCGAAGGAGGUUUUCAAUGUAGCACUCUAGGUUUACAGUGGAUUUGUCGCUACUAUUGGGAAGGGCCGAAUGCAGGAAUCACUAAUUUUGAUAACUUCGGUCUGUCGAUGCUCACGGUGUUUCAGUGUAUCACACUGGAAGGAUGGACGGACAUGCUAUACUACAUCGAAGAUGCAAUGGGCAGUAACUGGCAAUGGAUAUAUUUCGUUUCAAUGGUCAUACUUGGAGCAUUCUUUGUAAUGAAUCUUAUUCUCGGUGUUUUGAGUGGAGAAUUUUCUAAAGAACGCACAAAAGCUAAGAGCCGUGGGGAUUUUCAAAAACUUCGUGAAAAACAACGCAUUGAAGAAGAUCUCAAAGGAUACUUAGACUGGAUAACACAGGCAGAGGAUAUUGAUACAUACCAGGACCCUCCAUCCGCAGGAAAUAUGAUGUCCGAAGAAUUGCUGAAAGGAACAAGAGCAAUGAUCGCUGGGUCAGGAACGAUAGGAUUGGAUGGCAUAUCAUCAGAUUCAACCGAUGCUCAAGGUUGUACCAACGUUGGAAUAGACCACGUGAAACCUAUCGCGGAAUCUUCGUAUAAUCGAUAUUUUCGUGGAUGGGAUCGGUUAAACCGUAAGAUGCGACGAUCUUGUCGAAAGGCAGUGAAAUCACAAGCGUUUUAUUGGCUGAUUAUUAUACUGGUAUUUUUAAAUACGGGUGUACUUGCGACUGAACAUUAUCACCAACCGCAAUGGUUAGAUGACUUUCAAGAGUACACCAACAUGUUUUUCGUGGCAUUAUUUUCAUUAGAAAUGUUCCUUAAAAUGUACAGCCUUGGUCUGCAAGGCUAUUACGUUUCAUUAUUCAAUCGUUUUGAUUGCUUCGUCGUAAUUGGGAGUGUAAUAGAAGUUCUCUUGACCAACACUCAAUUAAUGCCUCCAUUGGGAAUAUCAGUUCUACGGUGUGUUCGAUUGUUGCGGGUCUUCAAAGUAACGAAAUAUUGGCAGUCGUUGUCAAAUCUUGUAGCAUCAUUAUUGAAUUCUAUUCAAUCUAUAGCUUCACUGCUUUUGUUGCUGUUUUUAUUCAUCGUCAUAUUUGCUCUUCUUGGAAUGCAAGUCUUUGGGGGUCGAUUCAUCUUUAAUUCUAUGGACAAUAAACCACGAUCUAAUUUUGACAGUUUUGUCCAAAGCCUUCUUACUGUAUUUCAGAUUCUCACUGGUGAAGAUUGGAAUGCCGUAAUGUAUGAUGGUAUUCAAGCAUAUGGGGGCGUGGCUUCAUUUGGAAUUUUGGCCAGUAUUUAUUUCAUCAUUCUUUUUAUUUGCGGUAACUAUAUCUUGUUAAACGUUUUCCUUGCUAUCGCCGUCGAUAAUCUUGCAGAUGCCGAAUCAUUAACGGCUGUUGAAAAAGAAGAAGAUCCCGAUACGGAAGUAGACAAUUUGGAAGAUAAACCCCCUAGCACAUUGGGAGAUUAUGAAAAUGAUGGCGAAGGUGAUGGGGACGUGGCCGCAGAUGAAGCUGAGGAAAUUGAUAAAGAGAACGGCGAUCAAUACAAGGAUGAUGAACAUAGGCGAGCUUACAAAACUCGAUUGACAAACGAGGAGAAGUCAACCGAGGAAAAGACUAGUAAAAAUGCGUUUGCCACGAAAUCUGCCCUCAGUACCAACAACACUAAACCUGCAUCAGCCGCGUUAGAAGAGACGAAAAAAACGCGCAUCAGUAGAGUAGUGAUUCAAGAUCUCUGCGAAGCGAUUGAAAUACCGAACGAUCGAUCCUCCGCUCACACAACAUAUGCCAAAAGGUUAUCAGAGGCUGUGGUAUCCAGCAGUCCUAUACCCAUAUCGGAUGAAAAGUCACUCUUUCUAAUGAAGCCUACCAACAGGUUUCGUCAAUUUUGCCACUGGUUGUGCAAUCAUACCGUAUUUGGUAACCUGAUUCUGUUAUGUAUCAUGCUUUCAUCCGUGAUGCUGGCUGCAGAGGAUCCAUUGAAUGCAAAUUCCGAACGAAAUCAGAUUUUGAAUCAAUUUGAUUUUUUCUUUACCGCUGUAUUUGCUAUAGAGCUCAUAUUGAAGGUAAUUGCUUACGGAUUUAUUCUUCACAAAGGAGCGUUUUGUCGGUCUGCCUUCAAUUUACUCGAUUUGCUGGUUGUCAGCGUUUCGUUAGUAUCCAUGUUGUUUAGCUCUGGAACAAUAUCUGUGGUAAAGAUUCUUCGUGUUCUUCGCGUUCUAAGACCACUUCGGGCUAUUAACAGAGCUAAAGGAUUAAAGCAUGUUGUACAAUGUGUUAUUGUAGCAGUUAAAACCAUCGGCAAUAUAGUACUUGUCACAUUUUUGUUACAAUUUAUGUUUGCAGUUAUCGGAGUGCAGCUAUUCAAGGGUAAAUUUUUCUCUUGUUCGGACCGAUCAAAAUACGAGGAGUCGGAUUGUCAUGGAACAUACUUGGUUUUUGAAGAUGGAAAUGUAGACAAGCCAGUUUCAAAGGAGAGAGAAUGGUCGAACAAUCGGUUUCAUUUUGAUGAUGUCCAAAAAGCUAUGCUUACUUUGUUCACUGUGUCAACAUUUGAAGGAUGGCCAUCACUUUUGUACGUUUCGAUUGAUUCACACACGGAAAAUUUUGGACCAAUUUAUAACUAUCGGCCUUUGGUGGCAACAUACUAUAUAAUAUACAUAAUAGUAAUAGCAUUUUUUAUGGUUAAUAUCUUCGUUGGUUUUGUAAUUGUUACAUUUCAAAAUGAGGGUGAGCAAGAGUACAAAAAUUGCGAUCUAGACAAAAACCAACGUAACUGCAUCGAAUUUGCGUUAAAAGCCAAACCUGUUCGACGUUACAUACCGAAUGAUGAUCGUAUACAAUACAAAGUUUGGUGGUUCGUUACAUCCCAAUUGUUUGAGUACACGAUUUUCAUACUAAUUAUGAUGAAUACGAUUACUCUAUCGAUGAAAUUCUAUCGUCAACCACAACCUUAUACAGAGUGGUUAGAUUUUUUGAAUUUACUAUUCACUGCAGUUUUUGCUUUAGAGUUUGUGUUCAAACUUGCAGCUUUCAGAUUUCAGAACUAUUUUGGAGAUGCCUGGAAUGUCUUCGAUUUUAUCAUUGUAUUAGGAAGCUUUAUCGAUAUUGUUUAUUCAGAAGUUACUACUAGCAGCGGCACUAAGGGUGCUUCCACAAUUAUUUCAAUAAACUUCUUUCGCCUUUUCCGGGUUAUGCGAUUAAUCAAGUUACUCGCACGUGGCGAAGGUAUACGCACACUCCUAUGGACAUUCAUAAAAUCCUUUCAAGCUUUACCAUACGUAGCGUUACUGAUAGUGAUGCUUUUUUUUAUUUAUGCCGUAAUAGGAAUGCAAGUUUUUGGCCGUAUUGCUUUGGACGAUGAAACUGCAAUACACAGAAAUAAUAAUUUUCAAACAUUUCCCCAAGCUAUUUUGGUUUUGUUUAGAUCGGCCACUGGUGAAGCAUGGCAGGACAUAAUGUUAGAUUGUUCUGCACGUGAAGAGGUCCGAUGCGAUGAAAACUCCGAAGACAAAGAAUCAAAAGAAGGCUGUGGAUCGAACUUUGCAUUUCCGUACUUCAUUUCUUUCUACGUGCUAUGUUCGUUCCUGAUCAUCAAUUUGUUCGUGGCAGUCAUCAUGGACAAUUUUGACUAUUUGACACGUGACUGGUCCAUCCUAGGACCGCACCACUUGGACGAGUUUGUGCGCCUGUGGAGCGAGUACGAUCCGGAUGCUAAAGGCCGCAUCAAACAUCUCGACGUAGUGACGCUUCUUCGCAAGAUAUCUCCACCACUUGGGUUUGGUAAACUCUGCCCCCACCGAGUGGCCUGUAAACGGCUUGUAUCGAUGAACAUGCCUCUAAACAGUGACGGUACUGUUCUGUUCAACGCGACAUUGUUUGCGGUUGUACGUACAUCGCUGAAAAUCAAAACCGAGGGCAACAUUGAUGAUGCUAAUCUUGAACUCAGGCACAUAAUUAAGCAGAUAUGGAAACGUACGAGCAACAAACUUCUCGAUCAGGUCGUUCCACCUCCGGGUAUAGAAGAUGAAGUUACAGUGGGCAAAUUUUAUGCCACAUAUUUGAUCCAAGACUACUUCAGGAGAUUUAAAAAACGAAAGAACUAUGACCGUAAUCCAGAACCCAUGGCUCAUAUGACACUAAUUGCCGGAUUGCGUAUACUGCAUAAAAAAGGUCCGAAAAUAAAACGCAAAAUUUCGGGAACUUUGCAUGAAAGCGCCUCGUCUAUUAAUCCAGAGCCAACACACAGGAGAAAUCACAAACUUUUCGGAAUCACUUGGCCAUCAUCAUACCUGUUGAAAAAACGAUGUUUGAUUAAUGAUAAAAUAAUAAACGUUACACAUGUAGAUCAUACUCCAGUGCGACCACCUCGAACGUAUGCUACGCUCAACAAAGGAUUUCGUAAUGUGAAUAAAACGUUGAUGUAUGGAUUCAGAAUGAUGCACGAUCAUGAUCAAUUAAAUGACACUUUCGCGAACGGUAACGAUCGUACUGGAAAUGAAGCCGGUGUACUUAAACCACUGUGUUUCGGAGAAAUUUAUUCCAAACAAACAAGUCGAGUAGUAAAUGCUACAGAAAACGAAACUUAAAUGAUGGUUUUUACAUUAUUCGCCAAAACAUUUUCACCACAGCCAGUUUUGUAAGGUUUGCAAUGCGUGUCAAAAUGUAUUUUGAGUGCUACUUUUGUUGAGAU